UAUGCAUUUUUUAAGAGCAAUACUGUAAAUAGCAUUGGUGUUCCUUGUCCUUAACAUAUCUGUUGCACGGCCUCCAUAACAGACACAGACUCUAGAGGGACUGAAAUUGCUUUAACAGCACCUUGCCCCAACUGGUUUGAAUGUCACCCUCCUGCAGUAUGGGUUUGAUGCUUUUCUGCUCAGCACAUUGCUGAGCUGGUCUCCAGCCAGGCCGAAAGGUGCUUGCAAUAUACUCUGCAAGGCUCUUUGCAGAGCUCGAGAGCCCUGCGAUGCCAUGAGCUCGUGGGCUGAGGACUGCUGCUUUGGUUCUCUGUGUUGCUUCGAUGUUCUGAUAAAAUAUCCACACCGAGAAAGCCACCCCUGUGACAGCACAGCCAGUGAAGGCACUGGCUGAGCUCAUCAGGUACUGCCUCAUCUUGAGACCACACACGAGCGGCCAAUGAGGAAGGCGUGUGAUUCCAUCACACUUUGGAUCUAAAUGUGGCUGUGGAAAAGCAUAUGGCUUCACAAUUGUUUUUGGGGUUUUUUUUGUUUGGUUUUUUUGGUGGGUUUUUUUUAGAUUUUAUUUCUCUCUCCUUCCCUGCACAGACAGUUGCUGUCAUCUUCACGAGAUCAAAUGUGCACUGGUGUCAUACUUGAUGCUGAAAUUCACACCUACUUUCCUUCAGCAGCCCCAGCCAAACUUUAAAGAAUUUCGAACUGCUGAGAGGUUUUUUUAGAAGGUAUUUGAUCAUGAUGCUUUUAGCAGAUUUAAUUUUGAAAAUGAGGUGAUGUAAUGAAUUAAAGAAAGAAAGAAAGAAAGAAAAAAAAAAAAAAAAAAAAAAAAAAAAAAAAAAAAAAAAAAGCACAGAAGACCGGGAGAGCUACUGUUUCACACCCAAAGAACAGCUGUUGAAUAUUCGUUCUGCAGCCUCCCGCAGCCAAAAGCCCCGAUAAAGCAGACAGAUCUGUAGGUGUGCCCUGAAGGGCCGCAUCCUGCGGCGCUGGGGGCCCGCGGUUAAGGAGCCCCCCGAGCACUGGCGCCGGGAGCAGGGCCAGGAGCUGGCCACGAAGGGAAAGGAAGGGAAGGCAGUGCCCGCGGGGUAGGCGGGGCGGGGCAGGGGCCGCCGGGGUGCGGGGGAAGCCGGUGCUGAGGGCAUGAAUGCCGCGGGGUAGGCGGGAGAGCAGGCAGGGAUUUCCGUCCCGGAAAGGGGCAGGGGUUUCGCCCGGCUGGGCAGGGGCCAGGGCUCUGGCGAGGGCGGCGGCUUUGCCGGGGCGGUGCGGGGGCGGCGGUGGCGGUGCCCGGUGCCGGACCCGCAGCUCGCUCCCUCCCUCCAUUCCUCCCUCCCUCCCUCCGUGCCCCCGCGCGUGCCGCCCGCCCCGCCCCGCCCCGCCGCCCGCGGCCCCGCGCGCCGCUCCUCGCGCAGCGCCGGGCCGUGAGGGAGCGGCCGCGCCGGGUCACCUUCCCGGCCGCCGGCAGCCCGAGCCGCGCCCGCCGCCAUCGCCGCUUCGGGCCGUCCCCGCCCCGGGGGAGCGGGUGCCCCGGGGCAUGAACUGCGCCUCGGGGAGCGUCGUGCUCCCUGCCGGGGAGCCGCCGCGAGCCGCCGCCGCCCCGCUGGAGCUGCCGGCCGGGGCGGGGGAGGCGAGCGGGGACACCCCCGAGGAGGGCGAGGGCCGGAGCAGCGGCUCGGAGAGCGGGGCCGCCGGCGGGGACAAGCCCGAGACGCGCUCGGUGUGCAGCAGCAGCAGCGAGAGCGGCAGCGGCGGCCACGGCGGCGGGGCCGGCCCCAUCUGCAAGAUCUGCUUCCAGGGCCCCGAGCAGGGUGAAUUGUUAAACCCUUGUCGCUGUGAUGGCUCAGUACGAUACACGCACCAGCUUUGCCUGUUAAAGUGGAUAAGUGAAAGAGGGUCAUGGACCUGUGAACUCUGCUGUUACAGAUACCAUGUUAUAGCCAUUAAAAUGAAAAAGCCUUGUCAGUGGCAAAGCAUUACUAUAACACUGGUUGAGAAAGUGCAGAUGGUUGCUGUAAUCCUAGGAUCUCUGUUCUUAGUAGCAAGUGUGACUUGGCUUCUAUGGUCAGCCUUCAGCCCUUAUGCAGUAUGGCAAAGAAAGGACAUCCUUUUUCAAAUCUGCUAUGGAAUGUAUGGUUUUAUGGAUCUAGUAUGCAUAGGACUGAUAGUCCAUGAAGGUGCAUCUGUUUAUCGAGUGUUUAAGCGCUGGAGGGCUGUGAAUCUACACUGGGAUGUGUUAAACUAUGAUAAAGCCACGGACAUAGAAGAGAGCAAUCGAGGAGAAUCCUCAGCAGGGAGGACAUUGUGGCUGCCACUGACUGCAUUUAGAAACAGAAGUUUAGUUCAUCCAACACAGUUAACCUCACCGAGAUUUCAGUGUGGCUAUGUGUUGUUACAGCUGUUCAACCGCAUGAGACCUCAGGAGGAUUCAUCAGAGGAUAACUGCUCUGGGGAAGUGGUGAUGAGAGUGACCUCAGUGUAAAGA